UUAGUAAUAAGGCUUUUGGUGUGAGUUAAAGUUACCCGGAGGACAGGUGUCAUCCACGCGACCAUUGACGUUAGUGUUGGUUUCAUAGACACUGUGUAUAUUUUCCACCAUUUCUCAUCGCUGAAGGAUCCAUAUUGGAGGAAAUUUUCAGCUAUGGAGGACACCAAAAAAAGAAAAUUGACUUCUGAUGAUCCAAGUGUCUGGCUGAAAUGGUUCGAGGAAAUGAGUGAAGAAGAAAAUGAGAAGGAUGAAGAAAGUUGUUCCGAAAUUGAAGCAGAUAUUUUAGAAGAAAGUCCACAUGAAACUGGAUCCGAGCAAGAGGCGGGUGAUUUAGAAAGCGAUAACGACUGUGAUGACAUCAGCGACAGUGAGUCGGAAAAUUUUUACAUCGGUAAAGAUAAAUUUACUAAAUGGUGCAAAGUUAAGCCUCGACAAAAUGUAAGAACACGUUCCUGCAACAUAAUCAUUCAUUUACCUGACCCAAGAAGAGAAGCGCAUGGCGUGCAGAAAGAAAUAGAUAUUUUGAAAUUCUUUUUAGACGAUAACGUUUUUCGCAUGAUUGUUGCUUCAACAAACAUCAAAAUUGGAGUUGUGCGAGAAAAAUAUUGUAGGGCUCGUGACGCCGCUGAUACGGAUGUGACUGAAAUUCGCGCAUUCAUUGGACUAUUGUACCUUAUCGGAUCGUUGCGUUGCUCCAGAAAAUACAUGCACGACUUGUGGGAUAAUUCAAGAGGCAAUGGACUUGAAUCGUGUUAUUUGAAGAUGAGUGAGAACCGUUUCAAGUUUUUGCUGCAAUGUCUACGAUUCGACGACAUACGAGACAGACAUAUGCGAAAAGAAGUUGACAAAUUGUGUUCGAUCAGAGAUUUGCAUGAACUAUUAAUAAAUAAUUUCCAAAGAUACUUCUGCGCCAGUGAGUAUUUGACAGUAGACGAACAGUUAUUAGCUUUCAGGGGAAAUUGCUCGUUUCGCCAGUAUAUACCGAGCAAACCGGCUAAAUAUGGUUUGAAAAUUUUUGCUUUAGUUGAUUGUAAAACUGGCUACACUAUAAACUUAGAACCCUAUGUUGGAAAACAACCGGAAGGUCCAUAUCAAGUGGGUAACUCUGGAGAAGAAAUUGUAUUACGCUUAUGUAAUCCUGUUGAAGGCACGAAUAGGAAUAUUACUGCUGAUAAUUGGUUUACGAGUGUUACGGUAUCUGAAAGACUGCUAUUAGAGAAAAAACUCACAUACGUUGGAACAAUGCGCAAGAACAAACGCGAGAUACCUAAGGAAUUUUUACCCAAUAGAAGUAUUCCUGCGAAAUCGUCAAUUUUUGGAUUUGGCAAGAAUAGUACCCUAGUAUCAUAUUGUCCUAAGAAGGGUAAAAGUGUAAUUCUUCUCUCGAGCAUGCAUUUUGACGAUACUAUAGAUGUAUCUACCGGUGAUCAUAAAAAGCCGGAAAUUGUAACCUUUUAUAACAUGACGAAAGUGGGUGUUGAUUUAGUUGAUCAGCUGUGCCAGAAAUAUGAUGUAUCAAGAAAUACUCGACGAUGGCCUCUAGUUAUGUUUUACAACUUGUUGAACAUAUCAGCGAUCAACGCAUUCGUCAUAUACAAAGCCAAUACUCGAGAAUCAAGACAAAUUCAAAGGAGGAUUUUUCUACAAAACAUUAGCUGGGAGCUAAUUAAACCGCAAAUUGAACGUAGGACAGCAGUUCUAACGAUUCCAAAGGAAAUUAGACGACGAGCGCGUGUACUGCUACGCAUAGAAGAAUCAACAGUUCCUCAAAAGAGACCAGGUACCAUGCGGGGGGCAGAGGAACAAAACUAUAAGAAGAUGGUGCUGUAAGUGUCAAAUUUGGGCCUGUGGCGAACAUCUCACGGACAUAUGUCUACAGUGUUUGGAAAAUACAAAUUAACUUGUAAAAUAACUAUCAUGUAUGUAAUAAAAAUAUUUUUUGAGUUCUGUUGGUAAUUAAUACUUUCUCUAUACCAUCAGUAAUAAAUUCUGAUUACCUUGUAACACAAAAAGAUAUUAAAUCCGUAAGGUGGCCCUAAACAAACUGUGGAUGACCACUGUCAUCCGCGCGAUUGUGCCCGACCUGAACAUUGACGUGACCGCUGCACGGUUAAAAAAGUAGUCAAAAUUGCUUCAGUUAUCAUCGACCAAUUGUCACCGUAAUAUCGUCAGAGGCAACAUCGAAUAUAACUAUUACUGAAGUCACGGAUUAUAAGAAUUGAGUUGUUGCAACAAUCAACAACGUCUAGCUGUUUCUCAAACUGAAAAAAAAUUGUGUCAGAACAUCACCAACAUCAACAUUUGAAUUUAUGGAUAGUUGAGUUACAUGACAAAGGGAAGUUUUUUUUUCUUCCAGAAACCUAUAACUUUUUGAACCACGAACACACAGUAAUAAAGAGUGACCGGAGUCCUUUAUACGAUUUUUGCUUUCCUCUUUACUUCUUAUAAUUUCUUAAAUUACCAUCAAUUCGAAAAAUACAACAUGUACAACUUCUUCAGUAAAAGUGAAUUAUUUCUAUAGCAAAAUUACUCAUAAAAUUUUAUACUACUAAUCUUAUAAACAUUUGCAUAACAUGCAAUGACAUUACAUGUAUAGAAAUACAUGCAUAAAAAUAAAUUUGUGUUAUAUAAAAAUAUGAUGUGUAGAUGUGAGCAAUACAACAUUAAAUAUACAUAACAACACUAAGUGAUGUUGAAUGUUGAUAACUGAAACAUUAAUUGUGAUUUAAGAUUAACUUACAUAAUUGAUUUUCAGAUAUUCUCUCGAUUCUCAAUAGACCUUGUGCAUAAUUAUCGUCAAGCUGUUUCAAUUUUUUUUAAGUUUCCUGUAAUUCUUGGCACAGAUCACAAUUUUUUCUUUGUUCCCGUGUUAUUCUUCUUUUUGAAUUACUAUUACCUCGUGACAUUUCUUUUACUUUUCGACAACUCUAGGACUAGUUGUUUUGGUCAGUGAUAUUCUUUUAUAGCCCUUGACAGAAUGGCAUGUAAAGUACAACAUUUUGCACAUCUAAUAUGUAUUCAAUUCAUAUGUCUCCAAACACUGGCGUCUUUGUAUGCACAUUCUGAAUGGGCAUAUGUGUACUGGGUUGUUGCAGAACCAACCAUGCAAAUAUAUUGUAGUGAGCACAAGUGUGUUUGUGUGCGAUCGUGCACACGUGUGGGUGAACGGCUUAUCGAUUCGCCGACUAGC